GUUCCACGAAUGCGCGAAGUUGCGGCGGGAGCCUUGUGGGCCUUAGCCAGGGACAAUCCCGAGCUCCAGAAGGCCAUCGAUCGAUCGGGCAACAUUUACGCCGAGCACUUGCCCCAAAGAGAUCCAAAAAAGAAGCCGGAUCCAGGGCCACAAG